AUGACGCAAACCAACCCCAUUCAUCUCUACCGCUCUCUCCUCCGCGAAGCCAGCUAUCUCCCCCUGGCACCAUGCCGCAAAUAUAUCCACGGCUUCAUUAAACAAUCCUUCCAUCGCCACCACCACGCCCCCAAAAAUGAUGGGCAACAACGCCGCUACCCGACCCUCAACGCUGUCCUCCCGGCAACCCACAAAUUCAGCAAUGGCAAGAUCCUGACACUGCAGAAACAGACCGCACUCCUCUACCGCGGCCGACAAUUCAACUCGCUCCUUGUGCGCGCCAAUCAAGGCGACAUGAAGUGCUUUGAGAAGAUCCUGCGCAUGACAUACGGCCGGAUUGGGCGACGACGCUACGAGCUCCUGCACUCUUUCAACUCACCUAUCCUCCUACCCCUAGGCAGAAAUCCUCCACCUGAAUAUUGCGCCCCGGAGCCCCGCGAAGCAAAACGUUCGCCGCACUGGAAACCGCCGAAUCAGAUGGAGGCUUUGAUCGCGAGCCAGGCGCGAGAGCAGGAUCUGAUGCCGCGCAAUAAGUCGCCCAAGGUCAAGCAGCUACUGUCAUCGAACGUCCCAGAGACAAACAUCUGGGGGAAACCGCUCUCAGCCCGCCGCAAGACCAAUAAGUUGCACAAGUGGUAUCUGCAGAACACACGGGCUGUUCUCCCACCCCUCCCAGCGAAGGAAUACGCCGAACUCCUAGCCAUGGUGACCGGGGAGGUACCUUUCCCAGAAAUUCCGACCCGCCGUCCACUCGGCACCACGACCACUUCACCCAGAACGAAGCGCGCAUUCCCCAACGAAAUCGAACUCGACCCAGCCAUGAGAACCACAUCCCAGCUCCUGAUUACAGGACCACAAUGGCGAAGCAGCAGCGGCAUUCCCUGUCCCAGUACCACCGCCAGCACCGGCAGGGGCAGCACCAGCGGUUUCGGAGGACAUCCCAACGCCCGCGCCAGGUUCACGCGGCGAUACAUGAAGCGACGACUCUCUCGCGCCGUACUGGUGCAGACCCCGCUGGCACAUGCAGCCGAGAAGGCUGAGCGUGGUAUCACCUUCAGCUGGACGGACGGCCGUGCGCACGACAAGAUAUAUAAAGCCGCGGUGCCCACACUCAAAGAGGGCAGUAGACAGACGGAUUUACUGUUCGGUUGA